AUGUCUGCCUUCUACUUCCUCUUCGCCGCGAAUGCAAUGGUCUUUGGCGCCAUUAAUUACGCGAAAUACACAAAAGACUGGCGUCUUGAAAAGAAGAUCCUCGGCCACACUCUACUCUCUCCGGCAUCUUUUGAUAGCGGGCGGUGGUGGACUGUGAUCACUUCUGCCUUUGCUCAUAUUGAUCCGAUGCAUUUCGCCUUCAACAUGCUCUCGCUGUACAACUUUUGCUCCCUAUGCGCGUUCAUCCCAGGAAUGAACGGUCUGCAUCUCUUUGCUGUGGCUGGAGGUUCAGCAAUCACUGGUGGAAUGGGCUUCCUCUAUCAUCGCAGGAGAAAGGUCGCAGAGGCAAACCGCAGUGAUUGGCAGAGCAAGACUCGCAAUUACAAUUCCAGUGCUUUAGGAGCUUCUGGCGCUGUCAUGGGUGUAGGCGCAUUGACUGCUUGCUUGAUGCCCAAUGCUCCCAUGCAGUUGAUGUUGAUUCCAAUCACAUUCCCGCUUUGGGUAUUUGUUGCCGGUUAUGGCUUGAUCGACUCGUACUUCCUGGAUUCGCCUACUUCGUCUAUCGCUCAUGCUGGUCAUUUGGGCGGUUUGGUGUUUGGUGCUGCAUACUACUUGGCCUUUAUGAGAAGAUCUCCAGCGGGUGUGUGGAAGAGCGUCGAGCGAAUGAUCAGAAGAAGAUAA